UAAAAGUCCAAAUUUCCAAUGGAAGUUCUCUAAAAUCUCUAUUUCAACUAAAAUGGUAUUUUUUCUGUGUGCAGUGAAUCCUGUUGCAAAAUUCUAGGAAAUCCAGAAAAACAUUCAAUGUCUUGUACGCAUCUAUUGCUCAGUUUUAAGAAGAAAUUCCUCUUCUUGCAUUCCUCGAGGAAAAGCUCCAAGAAUUUUUCUAGUGAUUUUUCUAGAGAUUUCGUCUGGAAUAGUUUCAGGGACUCCUAAAGAAUGUACUCUGGAAAUUCAUCAAUCGCUUCUCCCAGAAUAUUUUACAGAAAAUUUUCAAAAGUUCGUUUAGCCAUAUCAGUCAGCUUUUUUCUACACACCUUUUGCGAACGUAUUGAAUGUUUUUUGUUCAGAUGUGUCAUAUAGGUGACAGAAAAAGUAAAAUGUGUUGAAAAAGAUUUUUAGAGGUGUUCUAGGUCAUCCGAAUGCUCUGGAAAAUCUAAAAUUGGUUACCUAUAAAAAAGCAUGGAUAAAAAACUUCUUUUCUACCCGAGAAUGUCCUAGGAGCUCCACUGAAUUACAAAAAACAUCAUUAACGUGAAGACGAAUCGAAGCCAAACCUCAAAUUUUCAAGAGCACAAAUCUGUUUGAUUAUUCUGAGAAUACCUUCUUUAAGGCAUUGAGUGAUCAGAAUCGAAUCAACAUGUCGUCGGAUACCGGAGACGCUGGAGUAGAGAAACUUCAUUCCGAGGAUGCCCUUGAUAACCCAUCCGAUCAGCAGACAGAAGAUGAACUUAUAGUGAAAUCGAAUGCCCAAGUGGAACCAAUGGCAAUGGAAGAACAGUUGGAUCAGGACACAAUCGAGGACAAAUUGUUGAACGAAAUCCCCGUAGAUGUGGGUACAGAUUCCGAGGCACUCACGCUAGACGAAGAUGCACUGCUGGAAGAAACGAAAGAUGAUAAGCCAUGUGAAACUCAAGACACAAUUCAAUCCAAUGGAGUUCUAGAACCUGCAAAAGAUCCCCCCAUGAAAGAGUGCGUUGAAAGUACCGAACCAACCCUGAACGGUUAUGAACAGGAUUACUUCCAGUCGCUGAGCGUCCAUGAAAUAGGUCGCUGCUCGUGGGACAAAGCAACGAAGCAAAACUACGUCCGCGGCUGCCUCUGGUCCCCGGAUGGAUCGUGCGUGCUGACCACCGCAAACAACGAUGGAAUGCACGUGUUCGAACUUCCCGCUGAUAUGUACGAAGCUCAAGAGGUGUCCCCUCAACGGCCGGUCAAUCUACUAGACGCGGCGGUACACGUGCGGGAAACGACCCUAGUGUACGACUACAAGUGGUACCCGGGAAUGCACAGUUCCAUGCCCGAGACGAGCGUUUGGAUUGCUUCGAGACAACACGAACCCAUACAAAUGUGGGACGCCUAUACGGGCAAGCUGAGAUGUUCCUACAAAGGAUACAAUGCGGUGGACGAAGUGGAAGCAGCCCUGAGCCUUACGUGGUCCGUCGACGGAGGAUUCAUCUACGGCGGCUACAAAAAGAGCAUCAAAACGUUCGACGUCAAAGCUCCGGGUAGGGAGAUAUCGUCAUUCCCCACCAAAGUUACCGCUUCCUGUAUGACCAUCUGCGCUCCUCUUCCGAAUCUGUUGAUUUUCGGAUCCUGGAGCCGGACGAUCACUGCCCUGUCGACCAACUCGCAACAAACCAUUGCGGUGGGAAACAAUUCGCGGGAAUGUAGCCACAAUGCCGGAGUUACCUGGUUGAAAUUCAUCCCGAGGACGAAUUUGUUCGCUUCCGGUGGACGGAAGGAUAACAAACUGAUCCUUUGGGACAUUAGGAAUCUGCAGAAGCCGUUCCACGUGCUGGAGCGAAAGUGCGACACUAAUCAGCGGAUGUACUUCGAUGCUUCCCCGUUUGGGGAGUGGAUUGCCACGGGAAAUACCGAUGGGGUAGUGCGGAUUUGGAACCUGCGGGAGAUUGACGCGGUUGGAAGGUCGUAUCGGAAGUAUGAUUUCCCACUGCAUCGAGACUGCUGCAACGGCGUAUCGUUCCACCCGACGAGACCAAUCGUGGCCACGACGAGCGGUCAGUUCCAUCCGACCACGAACGGCGCCGAUUACUCCGUCUCCUCCUCCAUCGUCGAUGACGACGACGAACAGACAGCGGACAAACCCACCCGAGACAGCCCGGAAAACUCCCUCACCCUCUGGUGGAUCGGCAAGGCCAUUUCGGAAGAAUAAAAGUGCAUGCAGGCUCUCAUUUUUUUUAGUCCACGAUUUUCUUUCUUCUCAUGUUUCGCCUUCGUAAUAGAUUAAAAUCAUCUUCCAGUUAAUAGUAAGAAGGAUUAAAUAUGUAUAAUAUGUACAAAAUAACAAUAAAAUUAAUAAAGAAUAAUUAUUUCUUCAA